GAAAGGCAGGAAGGCAGGGCCGGGCGGGGGCCGGGCACAGCCCCGAGAGUCUUGGGUAGGCAUCGUGGGCAGGGCAGGCGGCUGGGGUGUGGAGCGGGACGAUGCGUCUCUCCAAAACCCUGGUCGACAUGGACAUGGCCGACUACAGUGCCGCGCUGGACCCAGCCUACACCACCUUGGAAUUCGAGAAUGUGCAGGUGCUGGCCAUGGGCAAUGACACGUCUCCAGCAGAGGGUGCCAACCUCAGCACACCCAACACCCUGGGCGUCAGCGCCCUGUGUGCCAUCUGUGGAGACCGGGCCACGGGCAAACACUAUGGUGCCUCAAGCUGUGACGGCUGCAAAGGUUUCUUCAGGAGAAGUGUGCGGAAGAACCACAUGUACUCCUGCAGAUUCAGCCGGCAGUGCGUGGUGGACAAAGACAAGAGGAACCAGUGCCGCUACUGCAGGCUCAAGAAGUGUUUCCGGGCUGGCAUGAAGAAGGAAGCUGUGCAGAAUGAGCGGGACCGAAUCAGCACCCGCAGGUCCAGCUAUGAGGACAGCAGCCUCCCUUCCAUCAACGCGCUCCUGCAGGCCGAAGUGCUAUCCCAGCAGCAGAUCACAUCUCCUGUCUCGGGGAUCAAUGGAGACAUUCGGGCCAAGAAGAUUGCCAGCAUAGCAGAUGUGUGUGAGUCCAUGAAGGAGCAGCUACUGGUGUUGGUGGAGUGGGCCAAGUACAUCCCCGCCUUCUGUGAGCUGCCCUUGGAUGACCAGGUGGCCCUGCUCCGAGCCCAUGCUGGAGAGCACCUGCUCCUUGGAGCCACGAAGAGAUCCAUGGUAUUCAAGGAUGUGCUGCUUCUAGGAAAUGACUUCAUUGUCCCCCGUCACUGCCCGGAGCUGGCAGAGAUGAACCGGGUGUCCAUGCGCAUUUUGGAUGAGCUGGUGCUGCCCUUCCAGGAGCUGCAGAUCGAUGAUAAUGAGUAUGCCUGCCUCAAAGCCAUCAUCUUCUUCGACCCAGAUGCCAAAGGCCUGAGCGACCCUGGCAAGAUCAAGCGCCUGCGGUCCCAAGUGCAGGUAAGCCUGGAGGACUACAUCAAUGACCGCCAGUACGACUCGCGUGGCCGCUUCGGGGAGCUGCUGCUGCUGUUGCCCACGCUGCAGAGCAUCACCUGGCAGAUGAUUGAGCAGAUCCAGUUCAUCAAGCUCUUCGGCAUGGCCAAGAUUGAUAACCUGCUGCAGGAGAUGCUGCUGGGAGGGUCUUCCAGUGAUGCACCCCAUACCCAUCACCCCCUGCACCCCCAUCUGAUGCAGGAACACAUGGGCACCAACGUCAUUGUGGCCAACACCAUGCCCACUCACCUCAGCAAUGGACAGAUGUGUGAGUGGCCUCGACCCAGAGGACAGACAGCCACCCCAGAGACACCACAGCCUUCCCCACCUGGUGGCUCAGGGUCAGAGCCUUACAAGCUUCUGCCAGGAGCCAUUGCCACCAUCGUCAAGCCCCCCUCAGCCAUCCCCCAGCCGACCAUCACCAAACAGGAAGUCAUCUAGCAAGCCGCUGGGGGACGGGGCUCUACUGACCCCCCAGUCCCCACAGAGAGUACCUGGUGGUGACCCCAGUGAAUAAAGUCAGUACCACAGGACAAGCCCAGAGCAGCCAUGGAAAACGCAAUGAACCUGUGAACUUGGGUUGAGGCUCAUAUCCUUGGCAUCCGUUCACCCUCACUCUACAUGGCAGGCUUUGAGUCAGUGAAGACACCAUUUGGACAACUUCUGCCUGGCUGGAGCCUCUGCCUUUCCCUGUACUCAUGUUCACCGCCAGCUUCUUCACCCCAGAGGACUGCUGUCUGGAGCCAACUGGGGCACAUGAGAGCCCAUCUGAGAGCCCUGAGAGACUGGGUCCCCUCACUUGCCUGUCAAAGGCCCCUCCCCAGGGCUCCUCACCACAGUCCCGGUUAUCAGCCUUAGCUCCUUUGGCCACUCCCUGCCUCCAUAGCCAUUACCUCAGAGGCUAAGGAGACUCAGGAAGCCUUUCCCUGCUUGCUCCAGGGACCUUUUCGAAGCACUGACUGGGAGAGACCCUGAGUAAGAGAUGGUAGAGAAGCAAAAUGUUCUUCUCUAAUCCAGGCUUUUUCUUCUUCAGGGACUUGGGUUUAUGGGUGGCCAUAAUCUCUAAACUCAAUAUAGAGAAAAUGAUCCCGUGCAAGGCACAUACAGUUGUUGUAGGAACUUGAAGUAAGAAUGAGAGGCAAAGAAAGCAUCAGAAAGAAGCAGGUGGACAUGAAGCACCCUUUCUUUAAGCAAGGGUGGCUUCCGGCUGGUGGCCAGGGUGACGUUACUAAGACAGGCAAGCAGAAUGGGCAAGGUAUGGAGAAGACAGGCUUAGGGGAUAGCAUGGAGGCCUUGAGAACCAAUGUUAGUAUUCAAUGUGUUGCCAGAGAACUGGGUCUCAGGAAGCUUCUAGAAAAUGAGAU